CCUGUAAGGGAAGAAAAAAACAUCUGUAUGGAAGCAUGUUUAAAGAUAAGAUCUCCUGAAUGGAAUAUGGUUGGGAAUCGAUGUUAGAGUCAAGCAUCGAUUGAGGCAAGACACCGCUCUACAGUGAAGCCUUGACCUUUUCUUGUGUGUUUAUAAAGCCCUUGGCAAAUACGUCUGAGCUUGAAAAUAACACCCGUAUGACAUUUCAAAGCGUUAAUCGAUUCACAAGCAAAGAGUACUCAACGCCGUUUUGAGAGCAACUUUUGAUUCUAAAAAAAUGAGCUGUAACAAGUUAGAAGAUUCUCAUGUCUACGGAAGCCAUCUUGUUUCGGACGACAGAUUUCGCCGGUUCGUGUUUAGAGAGUUGAAUGAAAUGCGAAAACGCGAGUUUCUUUGUGAUGUUAUCAUACUGGCUGACAAUGGUUGUCGCCGAUUUCCCGCUCAUCGCGCCGUUCUCGCUGCUAGCAGCCGAUAUUUCCACAAACUGUACAACGGGACGACGCUAGCUCGCUACAGCAGAGAAACCAUCUUAAGCGGGAUAUGUGACAGGGAGCUAGAGACAGUCGUUCACUACAUCUAUACCUCUGAGGUGUGUAUAGACGGAGAUAACGUUCGAGCACUUUUACACGCCGCUUAUAAUCUAGGCCUGGAUUUACUGACUUUAGCUUGCGAGAAAUAUCUGGUAGAAAACGUUCACCACGAGAAUAGCAUUGAAUUAAUGGUCCUAGCGCAAAUGUAUUCGUGUGACAAGUUACUAAAGACCACGGGACAGUGCAUAGGAGAGCACUUCUUAAGACUGAGUAACACUCAGCCAUUCUUCAGGAUGUCACCCCGACAGCUUCAACAGAUCAUUGCCGAUGAUGAUUUGAAUAUAAGUCGAGAAGAGGAGGUCUACAACGCUGUAAUAAAAUGGAUAAGGUUCGAUUACGAGAGACGGAGGGACGAUUUCCCGAACCUGAUUAAUCACAUUCGGCUGCAGUUCAUACCGAGGAGGUUCCUAGUGAAUACGGUCGACAAGGAGCCACUGGUGAGGUCAUCGGAGUUCUGCCGAGGCCUAUUAGCUGAUGCGCUGGCGCUCAAAGCGGUUGACAGGAAAAAGAUCUGCAUUUACGGUCAUCUGCAUCAUAAAAAGAGAUGGCGGACACACCUGAUGAAAGUCAUCAUGAUUGUGGGCGGAAUAACGGAGGACUCGGACCCAGGCUCUAGCAGUUAUUGCUACAAUCCGCUGACCAAUACAUGGUAUUCAGUGGCGCGGAUCAAACAGGAUCGCCUCGAUUUCGGGAUGUCACGUGUCGGUUAUUGGCUGUUUGUCGUAGGAGGGAGUUCGCCUAGAGAGAGCGGCAGUGUCCUGGCUAGUGUGGAGAGGUUUGACCCGAAAUACAACAAGUGGGAAAAGAUGGAAAGCUUGAUACAAGCUCGAUCGAAAUUUGAGCUGGCAGAGGUAGAAGGGAAGCUUUAUUCCAUUGGCGGAACGAUAGGAGGCGAUCCGCUUACCAGAGACAAUGCAGUUGAAUGCUAUGAUCACGUGAAUAACACGUGGAGUUCACGUGCGGCGCCGCACCAGCUUCGCCAUUUCUGCAGCACCGCGGUACUUCACUGCAGGAUCUACGCUAUCGGAGGUAUUUCGCGCUGCGGGACCGUUCUGAGCACGGUGGAACGGUAUGAGCCGCAGUACGAUAGAUGGAUGACAGCGGCUGCCCUUAACACGGCAAGGGGCGGAGCAUGCGCAGUUGUACUGAAUGGUCAUAUUUACGUGAUGGGCGGGUCAUCUGAACGGUCCGCGCUGAGCUCGUGUGAGGUCUAUAACCCAAGUAUAAAUAAAUGGACCUACUUCUCAGAUAUGAGCAUCAAGAGGGACCGCGCAGGCGCUGCUGUCUUUGACGACAAGAUCUAUGUAUUUGGCGGUUCCUAUGGCAACGUCGUGAUUGACACUGUCGAGUGUUACGACCCUGCUGUUGGACGAUGGGAGACUGUGGCCCACCUUCCAAAUGCGAGGCACGGCUUUAAGUGCGCAUGCGCGCUUGUGAACAAAGAACUUGUGCGUGAAGUGAAGGUUAAGGCGAAGUCAGAGAAACUCAUUUAAAGCAAUCCAUCUCCAGCAUAGCAUUAUAAUUUAAAAUAAAAGUUAAACUAGUCU